AUGAAGGCCACUUUCUUCCUCACUGUUGCUGCUGUUCUCGUCGCCGCCGCCUCCGCACAAUCAGGUUCCAACCAACAUGCUUCCGGUGGACACCAUGCCGGAAUAAGACAAGAAGCUGGUGGCGUUGGCAAUGAACUUCGCGUUAGUGGUAUCUUGAACAACCUCCUCAAAGGUGGUCUUUUGGCUGAUGCCAGCGAGGGUCACCAUGUUCGCCAGGAUGCCUUUUAA